AACAAAGUGUGUUCUUAAAUUAUCUUCUCUGAUAACCAAAAAAGCCCUAUUUUCCGAGAUGAAUACCCUAGAAGAAGUAGAUGAAUCCACUCAUAUCUUCAACGCUUUGAUGAGUCUAAUGAGGAAAUUUUUGUUCAGAGUUCUAUGCGUCGGUCCAAUCCCUACUAACAUUUCAUUCAUCAUGGAUGGAAACCGCAGGUUCGCUAAGAAACACAAUCUUAUAGGCCUAGAUGCAGGACAUAGAGCUGGUUUCAUAUCCGUGAAAUAUAUUCUUCAAUACUGCAAAGAGAUUGGUGUACCGUACGUCACACUCCACGCGUUUGGUAUGGAUAAUUUCAAGAGAGGACCUGAAGAAGUCAAGUGUGUGAUGGAUCUAAUGCUUGAGAAAGUCGAGCUCGCGAUCGAUCAAGCUGUAUCAGGGAAUAUGAACGGCGUGAGAAUAAUCUUUGCCGGUGAUUUGGAUUCGUUAAACGAGCAUUUUAGAGCUGCGACAAAGAAACUGAUGGAGCUUACGGAGGAGAAUAGAGAUCUGAUUGUGGUGGUUUGCGUUGCUUACAGCACAAGUCUCGAGAUUGUUCACGCUGUUCGAAAAUCUUGUGUUAGAAAAUGUACGAAUGGAGAUGAUCUUGUACUUUUGGAGUUGAGUGAUGUUGAAGAGUGUAUGUAUACAUCGAUUGUGCCGGUUCCGGAUCUUGUGAUAAGAACCGGAGGAGGAGAUCGGCUGAGUAACUUCAUGACGUGGCAAACUUCGAGGUCUCUUCUUCACAGAACGGAGGCUCUUUGGCCGGAGUUAGGGCUCUGGCAUUUGGUUUGGGCAAUUCUUAAAUUCCAAAGAAUGCAAGAUUACUUGACGAAGAAGAAAAAGCUCGAUUAGAUAGUUUCUAAAGUUAAACCCUGCAGGAAAGAACUUUUAACUCUUUAUUACGUUUAAUUUACGUGUUUCUAUGACUGGAAACGAGAAAGCUCACAAGCAAAUCUUUUUUAUUAUGUAUUGGAUCCGUAUAACAAACACGAAUAUACAAAACAUCG